GACACGCCCACUUUCCCCCCAGCAGUGUGCAAUGUUGUGUUUAAGGUGUUGCUACGGUUUGACUGAAUAACAGUUUCACAGGCGGGUAAAACCGAGAACCCUGAUAGCCACUUCCUACAAAAAUACAUGCAUGCGCUCGCUCACACACACACACACACACACACACAAGCACACACACAGACUGCGCCACACUACCCACGAUGCCACUGUUAAAGCUGCUCCGCACCAGAAAUGAGCAACCGAGAACACACUCAUACCCCCGCUACCGCUACCUGGCAUCGGACAUCAGAACAGCUUGCUGAUGUCACAUUUAGACACACACACACACAGGAAAGAAGGCGUGCAUGACACAGACUGUUGACUCCUGCAGCGACAGCAACAAAAGACCUGUCAGUUGUUCCGUUACUGUGUGACUGCUGUUUCACAUCCAUCUGCUUAUGUCAUCCUCUGGGCUCUGAUCUGACCUCUCACCUGACCUUUACCUGCACCUCAUCAGACUGACUCACCUGGAGGGGCAACCUGGUGGAACUAGAGCUUCCUGUUAACUCCUCCGGGCGGUGUCCCUAUGAUGUGACCGGUUGGGAGCAUCAAAUGGAGCAGCUGUACUUUUGGUUCUACCUGCUGCUCUUCAUCCCUGGUCUCUGCCUCAACACCACAGCUCUCUGGGUGCUUUGUAGACACAUCAGUAAGAAGACCAAGGCAGUGAUCUUCAUGGUGAACCUGGCUCUAGCUGACCUGCUCCAUGUCAUGUCUUUGCCUCUGAGGAUCCACUACUACCGGACACACACCUGGCCCUUUGGACAAACACUGUGUCUGUUCUGUUUCUACCUCAAAUACCUCAACAUGUACGCUUCCAUCACCUUCCUGGUGUGUAUCAGUGUCCAGAGGUGUGUGUUUUUGCUACAGCCCUUCUAUGCCAGGCGGUGGAGACGGCGUUAUGACCUGUUGAUCAGCGCCACCGUGUGGCUGGUGGUGGGAAUAUUUUGUUCCCCUUUUAUUAUCAUGAGGAUCAGCAACAGCACUGUACCCGGCCAAUACACCCCUAGCCCCAGUACCAGUCUCAUACCCAGCUCUAACCCCAGCUAUUACACUGGUAGUCCUAUUCCAUACUCCACACCCUCCACCUUACCUUACACAAGCCCCAGCCCCAGACCCGGCGACGGCUGUUUUAAGGACCUGCCCACCAGGAAACUGCCACUUCCCCUGAUGGCAGCCAUGAUGGUGCUUGCGGAGCUGUUUGGGUUUGUGUUACCGCUCAGUGCCAUCAGUUACUGCUCUCUCCGGAUCGCUCACUCACUGAGACAGAGACAGGACAGAGAGCACCACCAAAACCACCGCUGCCCCUCGACCAGCCAGGCCCAACCCUCAGCCCAGACGGACAGAGAGCACCACCACAAUCACCGCUGCCCCUCGACCAGCCAGGCCCAACCCUCAGCCCAGAUGCACAGGCAGACGGACAAAGAUAAGCGUCGCGCCCUGAGGAUGGUUAUGAGCUGCUCGGCUCUAUUCCUGUUCUGUUUCGCUCCGUACCACGUCAAUUUCCUGUUGUACGUGAUGGUGUCUCAGGAUAUAGUGUCCCACUGCCCCACGAUGCUGGCGGUGCGUCAUUUCCACCCUAUUUCUCUGUGUGUAGCCAGUCUGUCCUGCUGUCUGAACCCUUUGUUAUAUUACUUCCUCACUGCAGAGUUCAGACAGCACCUCUCCCAACGGACCUCCUCCCUCUCCUCCUCCAUUAGAGGCCGGCUCAUGAGCCUGGAAAGCACCUCCUCUUUUAGGGAGUAACACCUCCUGCAGGGAGCACUUUGUCUCCUCCUCCUCUCCUCAAUCAAUCAAAUGUAAAUAUGAAGUCCUUUUUACAUCAGCUGAUGUCACAAAGUGCUAUACAGAAAUCCAGAAUAAAACCCCAAACAGCAAGCAAUGCAGGUGUAGAAGCACAGUGGCUAGGAAAAACUCCCUAGAAAGGCAGGAACCUAGGAAGAAACCUAGAGAGGAACCAGGCUAUGAGGGGUGGCCAGUCCUCUUCUGGCUGUGC